UCAUGGCGGCAGAAGGUACUCGCCUGAAGGAGCUUGAUUCUCGCCUGAAGGAACUGUCAAGAGAGAUCGGACGGCUGAGAGAUCUUCCGAGUGAGGUCCGUCAACUCUCAGAAUCGAUUUCAGCAACUGAUCGAGAUCUGCACAAACUUUUGGAGGCCCUGGAGAUCCAGCGGAAGGAAGAUGAAUGUUUUCAUACACUGGAAUCUAUUUUCGAUUCAUUGGCGAAAAACUCUUCAGAUCUUAAUCUGGGGUCAUCUUUUGGAGGUUCGCGAAUUCCUUUUCAGGUGGAUGAUGAUCAAAAUGUUAUGGAAAACACUCUGGAUGGUUCUGAUUACAUGUCUGGUAAGGAACUGGGUAUUACGGUUGAACCUCACCUCUCUUCUAAUGCUCUAAAAGGAUCAACGAGACGGGACUGGGCACCAUGCGUUUUCAAGGAACAAUUAAUGGAUUACCAAUCCAAAUUUUAUUAGACAAUGGCAGUUCAGAUAAUUUCCUACAACCUAGCUCGGAUAGCUAAAUCCUUGAAGUUACCCAUUGAACCUACUGAAAAUUUCAAGGUCAAGGUGGGCAAUGUAUCGGCUUGGACAGUAGAAGGAUGCAUCAAAGAGUUAUCAAUUAAGGUUCAAGGACAUUCUCUGGCAUUACCGGUGUAUCUAUUAUCUCUUUCCGGUGCAGAUUUAGUUUUGGGAGCAACAUGGCUUUCCACAUUGGGUGCCCAUAUUUCUGAUUACAACAACCUAUCACUCAAGUUUAUGUUGAACAAACAGUUUGUUACAUUACAUGGUGAGCACCACACAUUGCCUAAGAAGAUCCAACUUACAUAGUUGAAAAGAUUACCGAAAACCCAUGCCAUCGAUGAAGUUCAUUUCUUAUAUUUUCAAGCUAAUACAAAUCCUGAGAAUCCAGGGCUGGAUAUUCCUUUGACCAUGCAACCGGAACUGGCAUCCUUGCUACAAAAAUAUCAACAGGUGUUUGAUGUUCCAACAGGGUUGCCUCCUCCCAGAUAUCAUACUCAUUCUAUUCCCUUGGUUCAUGGUGCUAACCCCGUUAAAGUUAAACCGUAUAGAUACCCUUUUAGUCAAAAGCAGCAAAUUGAGAAAAUGGUUCACGAAAUGCUGCAAGAAGGCAUCAUUGCACCUAGCACUAGUCCUUUUUCUUCUCCUAUGAGAUUAGUGAAGAAAAAGGAUGACACAUGGAGGUUUUGUGCAGAUUAUAGAGCCAUGAAUGCGAGCACAGUAAAGGAUAACUUCCCUAUACCCACAGUUGAUGAAUUAAUUGAUGAAUUGUUUGGGGCUAAAUACUUUUCUAAGCUUGAUUUGCGGUCAGGUUAUCAUCAAAUCUUGAUCAAGGAGGAGGAUAGAUAUAAAAACAACUUUUAGAAUUCAUCAAGGUUUAUAUAUAUGAGUGGUUGGUUAUGCCGUUUGGACUCACAAACGCUCCUGCUACUUUCCAAAGCCUUAUGAAUGAUGUAUUUCGCAGCUUAUUAUGAAAAUAUGUUUUGGUAUUUUUUGACGAUAUUUUUGUCUACAGCCCAUCUUGGGAAUCUCACUUGCAGCACUUAGAAAUGGUUCUGAAAUUACUACAUGACCACCAACUUUAUGCCAAGUUCUCUAAGCGCUGUUUUGAUCAGGAAAAAGUGGAGUAUUUAGGCCAUACGGUUUCUGCUCAAGGGAUGGCAAAGGAGACUAGUAAAAUACAAGCUGUACUGGAUUGGCCCAUUCCUUGCAAUCUGAAACAGCUACGGGGAUUUUUGGGACUGACGGGCUAUUAUCGCAGAUUUAUUAGGGAUAUGCCUCUUUAGCUAGCCCCUUAACAGAAUUGCUUAAAAAGUAUAGUUUUGUGUUGAACGAGACUGCUACAGUGGCACUUAAUCUUCUCAAAGAAGCCAUUACAAGUGCUCCAGUAUUGAGACUACCUGACUUCUCACUACCAUUCACAUUAGAAACAAAUGCGUCAGGGACUGGGAUAGGGGCGGUCUUGAGUUAGCAACAGCACCCCAUUGCAUAUUUCUAAAAAAAAUGUCUACAAGAAUGCAGUAGCAAUCCGCUUAUGCCAGGGAAUUUUAUGCUAUUACUGAUGUUAUUGCCAAGUUUUGGCAUUACCUAUUGGACCAUAAGUUUGUUAUUCGUUCGGAUAAAAAAAGCUUACGGAGUUUAACUGAUCAAACCUUACAAACUUCCAAGCAACAGAAAUGGUUGCAUAAAUUACUAGAAUAUGAUUUUACUAUCCACUAUAGAAUAAUGAGGAGAAUUAGCUGGAUUAUUAGAAUACUCUCUGAUAAUUCGUUGUAACUUAGAAUCUUCUUGUUGAGCCUGCUGCAAUGAGGAUAGGAUCACUGGGAUAGGCUUAGAUAGAGCCACAUAACAUGACCUAAAUAAAGAAUUCGCAGCCACGUUAUCCCAUUUUCUCUUCAAAGUUGCAUUUCUGUGGCAGACAUCUUUUAUCUGCCACGUUAAAAAGAUGUCUGCCACGUUCAAUGAAAAUUCUUCUCUCUCUCUUCUGGUUUCAUUUCUAUCUGCCAUUUACUUCCAAAAUAAGCAGUCUACUGCUAACAAACUGUUAGAAAUUCUUCUACUAUUUUAUGCUUGUAAUAAUGGAUUGAUGAUGAUCGGUAUUGCUUGAUUACCGAUUUAUUAUUGUGCUCUGUUUGUGUGCUUGCUUUGGAGUUCUGUUUGUACACUUUACAGAGUCCCUCGCCGACAACAACCUUAGGGCUUGGGGGUGUGGAAUUGCCCGGCCACAACCUAUCUUCUCUCUGGUUCCAUCCAAAGAGACAUCUGUAAGACAUCGAUUAAGGCACCAGUAGGUCAAAUUGGGCAGUGUUUUUGGGCCAUGGAGAGUGCAAAAAUAGUGGUCCAUCCCACCGUUGGUCCAAUCCAAUUUUCAGCGGGCCAGAUUCAACAUAUUUUCUGCCCUGUCAAAAGCUAAGUGCUUCAAACUCCCUCCAUAAAAUUAAUACUUCCUCCGUUCUUUUUUAGUUGCAACAUUCCACUUUUCACGCUUGCCAAUGCACAACUUUGACCGUCAUUAUAUUUAAUUCUCUAUUAGUAAAAAAAAUUUAAAAAUCAGAUUAUGAUACUUUGUAAUGAGACGAAUUUAACAAUAUUUUUUUAAAAUAAUAAUUCACAUACAUUAAUAAAUAAAACGUAGUCAAAGUAGAGCACAUGAAUAGUGCGUAAAUUCUAAUGUUACAACUAUUAUGAUACGGAGGAUGGUACAUGGAAAUAUUUGAUUAAAAAAUUCAUAAAUUGAAGGGAAAAUUGUCAAAUAGGCCCUCGUAAUAUGUCAAAAAAGUCAAUUAAACCAUCCAAUUUAAAUAACACCCAACUAAACCCAUGAACUUCAAAAAAAUGUUCAAUUAUGUACUUUGACCUAUAAAUGUCCGCUUAGCCGGUAUAAAACCUAUGUGGAUUUUCCCAUUUUUAUCUUUUCCUUCUCCCUCCUCUAAUUUCUUCCGGCCAACCCAUUAGAUUUUUCUUUCUCCCCACUAGGGGUGUAAAUGAGCCGAGCUGAGCCCGAGCAUGGGUAGGCUUGAGCUUGAGCUUGAUAAGAAUUCACGAGCUCGAGCUCGAGCUUGGACGAGUUAAAUAAUUCGGGCUUGAACUCGAGACGACCUCAAUUCGAUCUCGGUUCGAGCUCGGGUCAAGUUUCACAAAUUAAUUUUUAUAGGCUUGAACUCGAAUAGGCUAGAGCCACGCUCUUUCGAGCAAUUUUGUCACUUAAUUGGCAUUCACAUUUUCCGAAAGGGCUGAUACACUUUAGUUCUUUGGGGGGUUGGAUUAUCCGUUCGAAUCAUCGCUCGCGGAUUCAAUCUUUCUUUCGGAGGCUGGGUUGAGGCCUAACUUGGGAACUUGAUGCCACUCUUUUCGAGUAGUGAGUCCAACUCACUUACUCACUGAGCCGCGAUUCGACACCAAGGCCAGAUGCUCUAUUCUACACUUGUUGCUUUUAUGUGUAGAUACAACUGAACGAAAACGAGCCUGGUGAGUCUGAGCCCGGCGAGAAGAACAGUUCUAGUCAUCCUCUUCGCAGAUGGUGACCAUUGCAAAAAAGGUUGAAGAUUUUACCCCUUGCUUCAUCUCAGGGGCAUCAUGUGUACUCUUUUUCUCUUCAUUAAGAUUUUUUCUCAUUGAUUUUUUUUUUUUGCAAUGAAGGAUUUUAAUGAGGCACCUCUCCAAUAUGGACAAGGGCGGAGAUCUUUCAGUCUCGUAGAAGGGCAACUGACUUGGACUACUCCCUCUUAGCCAAGUCUACUACUCGACUAAGGGAGUGGGGGACUCGUGAUGGAGUUAUGGGACUAGGCCCAACGCCUAAUCGGCCCAAGCCUGCUACUCCGGCCAGGAGCCUGCCAGUCCGAUUGACCUGCCAGUCAGGAAGCUAAGAGUAACGGUCAAGCGAUUAUUGUCUUGUUUAGUUAUGUAUUUAAUUCUAUAUUAAUGUUGUAAUUAAUUAGUCAUUAUAAUUGAUAGCGGUUGCAACUUAUAACAACAAGCAAUUGUAAUUCAAAUGAACGACAUGCACUUUCUGGCUAUCAAACUCUUGAGCAACUUUCCUUAUUCGUCUUGCUUUCUUGAUUCAUG